CAGUCGUUCAUGCGCUGAGGCUGACCGGACGCGCCGCGCGCACAUUCAUGUCUGUUCACUGCGCUCGAGCGUCAAGGAAUGCGCGAGAGGAGAUGAAACUUUCCUUCAGAGGGACCGAGCGCCUUAAGAUUUUUCCAUCAGAAGACAGAAAUUAUUGGGUUGUUGUCGAGUUCUGCGUUCAGAAGAUUUGUAAAUGAAGAUUACUGCCGUUUUACACCUGGUUGCUGUCGCUGCUUUACUUCAGGUCUAUUCUCACGUGUGUGCCAUUCCGCCAGAAUGUGAUCUAGAAUUCGUGCUACUCAGAGAGGAGGAAAACUGCUACAACAUCAUCUAUCAAGAGAACCUGACAGAGACCGGGUCCACACACAAAGGUUGCAGUGCUUUAUGGGAUGAUCUGAACUGUUGGCCUCAUGCUGAAGUGGGAGAGACUGUGUCGCGCCCAUGCCCCAGUUUCCUUCGGGUCAAAGGAGCUGUGAUGAAAAACUGCACUGAGAAUGGCUGGUCUGAAAUGUUCCCGCCGUACGAGCUCGCCUGCGGCCAUGGGCUCAAUGACAGCUUUCAUAAUCCCAAUGACUCGGUGCUGGUCUCACAUGAGUAUUUCUUUUAUGUGAAGAUCAUGUAUUCUGUGGGAUACGCCAUCUCUCUUGUCUCACUCAGCAUUGCUCUCACAGUAUUGUGUGUGUUCAGGAAGCUGCACUGCACUCGUAACUUCAUCCACAUGCAGCUUUUUUUGUCCUUCAUCCUGAGAGCCGUCUUCAUCUUCAUCAGAGAUGCUGCGCUGCAUUACUCACAGGAGUACUACCACUGCAACUCUCAUCCGCCUGGCUGCAAAGUGGCACUGUUCCUGUCUAAUUACUGCAUCCUGGCAAAUUACAGCUGGCUGCUGGUGGAAGGUCAUUAUCUCCACAGCCUCAUUAACCUCUCACUGCGUUCACAGAAGAGACGCCUGCACUGGUACAUCCUGCUCGGCUGGGGGAUCCCAAUGCUUAUUAUUAUCAGCUGGAGUUUGGCCAAAUACCUGCACCAGGAUGAAGGAUGCUGGGAGACGAGAGAUCAUGGCUGGAUAUGGUGGAUACUGCGUGUUCCAGUCAUCAUUUUCAUCACAGUAAACAUGCUGUUUUUUCUGAGUAUUAUUCGGACAUUAGUGGCAAAACUGAAAGCCCCUGACAUGCAUGGAAAUGAAAUUAAUCAUCACAGGAAGCUGGCGAAAUCGACAUUUCUCUUAGUGUCCCUGUUUGGGCUGCAGUAUGUGCUCUUUGCCUUUUUCCCGGAUCGAGUGAGCGCGCUAACCUUCAAGAUCUGGAAUGUCGUUGAGCUAGCAUUAGCAUCCACACAGGGCUUUAUUGUGGCACUGCUGUACUGCUUUUUGAAUGGAGAGGUACAAUAUGAAGUCCAAAGGCGGUGGAGACGGUGGCGCAUGAAGCAGCGUUUCCACGGUGAUCCCAGGGUGCAUCACGGUUCCCUGAGUAACAGUGGCCUGCCGCUGACACAGGUCUCACUGCUGACACGUCCCAGCACACAGGUCACCUGACCACAGCCAUCUAACGCCGACCUACAGCACAGGCACAAAACUCAUGCCACAGCCCCACUCUCAGAAAAAAGGUCCAGAACUCUAGGGUUCCUGGCUCAAUUUUAAAGAACCCUGUAUGCCAAAAAGGUUCUAAAGAGAAAUGUCCUAAACGAUUACAUAAUACUUUCAUGUUUAAUGGGUUAUUUCAGGUUUUUUCUAGAGAUGUAUGUUUACAAGCUUCUUGAUUCAUUUUAAUCAAUUUUAUUAAGCCUUAUGUGGCCUUAGAGAGUUUUUUAUUUAAUUAUUUUGGCUAUGUUCAUGCAAACAGCGUAAAUUUAGCCAAACGUGUGUAUUUUUAUUGGAACUGUAAUAUUUUACCCUCAUUUCCUUUCAUAAAUCUCUUUUUUACACUAGGUGCACAAAAUAGUUACUCUGAGGACCUUAAAGGACAAAAAUAUCCCCAUUAAAUCCAUUAAAAUGGCAAAAAGAGAAAAAUCAUGCAGUCUUUGUAAAACAGGCUUUCAUUCUGUUGGCAAGGCUUCAAAACUUUUUUCACUAUUUUCCAGCGGAUGGCGCCAUUUCUCAGGUUUGGCCUAUGGAGCAAAUACUCACUUUUUCAUGUUUUCUGCUUUUGCUGUAUUAUAGAGCCAAUUGAAUGUGUGUGUGUUAGUUUUUUUUUUUUUUUUAAUCUGACAAUGCACAAAAAAUAAUAUUGCAUAAAUAUUAAUGUUGCUGCUAAAACUGUAAUACCCCCCCCCCCAAAUUGUUUUUGUUGUAGUUUUAUUUUAUAAAAACAACAGUGGCAUUAUGUAAACAAAUGGGCAUUUAAAUGGGUUAAAAUCCUGAAAAUGAAUGAAUUUUUGAUAGUUAUGAUCAGGACUGUGGAAAAAACAUUAAAAUAUAAUAUUUUUUUGACAGAUUUUUUGAUAGAUGAAUUAAAACCAAAUUAAUUAAUUCAAACUAAAUCCAUAAAAUAAUCCUAUGAUGGGAACCCAUUAAAAGUGUUCUAUAUAUGAAGCUCCUGCCGGAACCUUUAAGGUUCCAUAUGGAACCUUUUCUUCUAAGAGUGGCAAUGGCUGAACCAAUCAGAAAUGCACAGUCCAUUUAAAACUGUCAGUUGACUGACACUCACUGAUAGAAAAGCUAAAACUGUCUGACAAUUUAUGGAAAUGACUGUAUUUAUCUUGUAUAUGCCUGUUCUUUAUGGUGUUGUAGUUAUUAUGAAACAAAUGCCUGUGUGCUAGUAAAUUAUUAUACAGUAUAUGAGAAAAACGACAAUAUUAGGUAAAGACAGCACAAUAUGUGAUACUAUUUAAAGGGGUCAUGACAUGAGGAAUCACAUUUUCUUUGAACUAUUGACAUAGACCGAUCAGAAUUAACAUUAUGGCCACUGAGAGGUGAAGUGAAUAACACUGAUUCUCUCUUCAUCACGGCACCUGUUAGUGGGUGGAUAUAUUAGGCAGCAAGUGAACAUUUUGUCCUCAAAGUUGAUGUGUUAGAAGCAGGAAAAAUGGCCAAGUGUAAGGAUUUGAGUGAGUCUGACAAGGGCCAAACUGUGAUGGCUAGACGACUGGGUCAGAGCAUCUCCAAAACUGCAGCUCUUGUGGGGUGUUCCCGGUCUGCAGUGGUCAGUAUCUAUCAAAAGUGCUCCAAGGAAGGAACAGUGGUGAACCGGCGACAGGGUCAUGGGCGGCCAAGAUUUGUUGAUGCACGUGGGGAGUGAAGGUUGGCCCGUGUGGUCCGAUCCAACAGACGAGCUACUGUAGCUCAAAUUGCUCAAGAAGUUACUGCUGGUUCUGAUAAAGGUGUCAGAAUACACAGUGCAUCACAGUUUGUUGCGUAUGGGGCUGCAGAGCUGCAGACCAGUCAGGGUGCCCAUGCUGACCCCUGUUCACCGCUGAAAGAGCCAACAGUGGGCACGUGAGCAUCAGAACUGGACUACGGAGCAAUGGAAGAAGGUGGCCUGGUCUGAUAAAUCAUGUUUUCUUUUACAUCACAUGGAUGGCCGGGUGCGUGUGCGUCGCUUACCUGGGGAACACGUGGUACCAGGAUGCACUAUGGGAAGAAGGCAAGCUGGCGGAGGCAGUGUUGAUGCUUUGGGCAAUGUUCUGCUGGGAAACCUUGGGUCCUGCCAUCCAUGUGGAUGUUACUUUGACACGUACCACCUACCUAAGCAUUGUUGCAGACCAUGUACACACUUUCAUGGAAACGGUAUUCCCUGGUGGCUGUGGCCUCUUUCAGCAGGAUAAUGCGCCCUGCUACAAAGGACUUAAAGGAUCUGAUGCUAACAUCUUGGUGUCAGAUACCACAGCACACCUUCAGGGGUCUAGUGGAGUCCAUGCCUCGACAGGUCAGGGCUGUUUUGGCAGCAAAAGGGGGACAAACACAAUAUUAGGAAGGUGGUCAUAAUGUUAUGCCUGAUCGGUGUAUAAGAGCUUGACUUACUAUAUAAAAAUACAGUACGUUUUAGACAGUAAAAAUUCCUCACUGCAAAGAAGCAUUAGCCACUUUCCACAUUGUGAUGUCACACUUUAAUAGUCACUUGUAUCUGACCGGCUCCACAACAACCCAUUUUAUCAAGUCCACGAGUCACGAGGUGACGGGGUGCUUCUCAUUUCGCAGUUUGUGUUUCCUCAUUUCCUCACAGUUGAAGAAAUGAGAAGCACCCAGGGAACGAGAUGCAAUGAUGUUAAUCACAACAGUGAUUGUUCACUGAAGUCUUCAAGGAGACAGAGCAGCUUUCUGACACGAGGCUGCAUGGGAAAAACAUCAUGUUUUAUAAAUAUAUUACUAUUUUGUGUGCAAAAAAAAAAAAAAAACUGUAUUAAGUGAACAUUAAGAAACAUUUAAAAAAUCCUUUACAUUUUUUUUCUUCAUCCCACUGUUUGGCUGUGUAAAUAUUGAGAUAAUGAUGCCUUGAACGCCUAAUAUCCAUGUGUUGUUCUGAGAGUUAUGAAAUACAUACAGAUGUAAUGACAAGAACGUUCUUUUUAUUAAAUGAAAUGCAGAGAGAUCUCCUCAUGAAUGAGAUGUUUACUGUAAAUAAGAAUAAGAAAGAAUUAAAAAAUACUGUAAAAAAUAUUUCAUUAAAUAUACUAUAAAGACUA